AUGUCCGGGGCGUAUCGCAUCGAGGUCUCGCCGAACAAUCGCGCUGGAUGCAAGAAUUCUGAGUGCAAGAAAGAGGGUAUCAAAAUCCAAAAGGGCCAGCUGCGUUUUGGCACGUUCAUCACUACUCCGGACUGGCAAAGCUGGGCUUGGAAACACUGGGGUUGCGUGACCCCCAGAGUAAUCUCCAACCUCAAAGAGGGCAUUGAAGGAGACCCGAGCCAGCUCGAUGGCUACGAUGAACUUCCGGAUGAUUUCCAAGAAAAAGUCGUAAAGGCUUUAGAACAGGGCCAUAUCGAUGAUGAAGACUGGGGCUGGGACAUUGAAAUGAACCGCGAAGGAAAGAAUGGAUACUUUACGCUUGAGAGUAAGCGACGGUUGAAGGCAGAAGCUCAAGCCUUGAAAGAAGAGAAUGCCGGAGAAGAAAGUGCGAGCCCCAGCACGACUCAUGACAAGAAGCGCGGCCAUGUCAACCAUGACCCGGAUGCGGAAGGCUCAGCAGAGGCUGAGCCGCCGGCGAAAAAGACCAAGGCUAGGACCAAGAAAGAACCGAAAAUCAAGAACGAGGAUGCUGACGGCGGGUCUGAGAAUGAAGGUUCGACAACUAAGAAAACCAAACCUAGGAUCAAGAAAGAACCGAAAAUCAAGAACGAGGAUGCUGACGGCGGGUCUGAGAAUGAAGGUUCGACAACUAAGAAAACCAAGCCUAGGAUCAAGAAAGAACCGAAAAUCAAGAACGAGGAUGCUGACGGCGGGUCUGAGAAUGAAGGUUCGACAACUAAGAAAACCAAACCUAGGAUCAAGAAAGAACCGAAGACCAAGAACGAGGAUGCUGAGACCAGAUCUGAGAAAGAAGGGCCGGCGGAUAAGAAGACUAAAGCUGCCGUCAAGAAGGGCAAAAACGCUAACGAUGACAAGGCCGAUGGAGACUUCAAGCUAGAUGACCAGUCAGUCAAGAAGGGUGGCAAACAAGCCAAGAAGGCCACAGCUGGAGACGAGGCCGCUUUGCACAUCAAGAACGAGAAUAGCGAUCAUGAUACUCUUCCUCCUCACAUAGCGAAGAAGACACGAGCUCCACGCAAAGCCGCAACAGCCAAGAAGAUCAAGGACGAGGACACCGAGACUGAUGAUCUUGAUCCAGCUUCUGAGCUUGAGACCCCUCUUGGUAACGUCAAGCUAGAGCACACACCAGAGCUCGAAGUUGAAGCAAACGAAGACGCCCCAAAGCUUCAGAAAGGCCGCAAGAAAGCACCCAAGAAGGCAGUCCAUGGAUCGAGAGAGGAGACUAACAAAGAAGUCAAAGCCAAGGUCGGAAUGCUAGCCGUCUUAUUGAUUGGUGGACAAGCUGACGAUGUACACAGGCGACGCCGGCUGCCCCCCGAUCCAAUGGAAGAGUAA